AUCAAAUCCAAUCCAUAUCAGAAAAAGAUUACAAUACACGUCUCCUCGAAUAAUCACAUUCUGUACGACCCCACAUGGAUGUUCGAAAGAAGCUUCGGUUCAGCGCAGCUGGUGCAUUCUUAGGAAUAGGUCUAUUCAAAUUAGAUAUUCGUUCUGGAUUCGAUAUUCGAUCGAACUACCCCAUACAUUUCAAAGUUGCCCAUUUCUUAGCAUUCAUUAUAUUUGUGGCUUGUAAUUGUAUAAAAUGGCUUGUUUUCGGGUCACUUUCUCAUACCGAGGUCUCAAAUUUGAAAAAUAAAGUAUCAUACACAAUUUGGGAGUUUUCAGUGGGAUUCCUAAUUUUCCUUCAUACUUCUCCAUCAGGAAUCCUUGUUGGCUUACAAGUAGCUCAACCUCAUCUAUUAAAAUAUGCUGGACUUUUCCUUUGUGUGUUACUUUUGAAAUGUUUCCAUUAUCUUUGCGUUGAUCGUGCUCAAGUGGUUUUCCAUCAACCUUCCCAACGUCUGUCACAUCCAUCUGGAAGACACUUGUGUCUAAGAUUAAGCAUUGGAUUAGCGUUGGUGAAUUUAGUAGAUGUCCUACUCAUUCAUCGAUUUUUCUAUGAACUUUAUUACAAUUCAGCAGGUGCACGAAGUAAUAUUCUUAUGGCGAUUUUCGGAUUCGAAAUCUUAAGUAUAUUCCCAAUAAUAGUUUGGACAACUGUAAGGUUUGCCCUUGAUUAUUAUGAGCUGAAACAUUGGGUCUCAGCUACAUGGCUUGAUAAAAAGCUGAAGAUUUUAAAAGUUGGCGAAUUUUUGGCAAAUUUUGUAAGAUUCUCCAUGACUUGUGUCUUUGCAGCCGUUUUCUUGUACAUGUUUACAUUUCCCUUGCAUAUAUUACCUUCGUCAUAUUUAACCUUUAGGGUUUUGUUGUUGAAAACUAGAUCCCUCAUUGAUUAUUAUAAGUCUCAAAUGAGACUUAAAAGACUCACAACCCCAGUUUCUACAUCUGACUUAUCCGAUGAAACAUGCAUUAUUUGCUUUGAUGAUCUUUCAGAUUUAUCCCAAGUUCGAAAUUUGAAAUGCCAUCAUUCAUUUCAUCUAACUUGUUUGAAAACUUGGCUUGAUUGUUCAACGAGGUGUCCCAUUUGCAGAAAGGUUACAUAAUAAAAGAGUGCCUUUGAGUUCAUUUUUCAAAGGUUCAUCCAGGAAAGAACUGGCUUCUUCCUUCCUUCUCGUUAAUAUUUUUUCCUCUUAAU